AAGGUGCUGUGAGCCCGGGAGGGGGGAGGCCUCGCCCCCAUGGAGAGGCCGGCCCGGCUGAUUGGCGCUUGGUCCCGUCACUCUCGGCCCCGGAGGGGUGCCGCUCCCGCUGAUUGGGCCGUGGCUCGGCCGUGACCCUGGGCGUUCGGCGGAGAGCGAGCCGCACGCACUCAGCGCGGAGAAGCCAUGGCGGCGGCGGCUCGGUGCGUGCGGCUGCUGUUGAGACCGCGGCGCUACCCGCUGCUGAGCUGCCUGCUGCGGACUUCUCCACGGUUGCUUUGCAUAGCAACACAACAGAAAAGCACUGGACAGAACUUGGAAGAUUACCAGAGCCAGAAUGAACCGAAGGCUGAAGCAAGCUCUGCUGAGAAGAUAUUCAUUGAAGAAAAAGCCAAAUUGGAAGAGCAACUAAAAGAAAUGACUGACAAGUACAAGCGAGCCCUGGCAGAUACAGAAAACUUAAGGCAAAGAAGCCAGAAAUUGGUAGAAGAGGCAAAGUUGUAUGGGAUUCAGAGCUUCUGCAAGGACUUAUUAGAAGUUGCUGACGUUUUGGAAAAAGCAACUGAGAGUGUUCCAAAAGAGGAACUCAAGGAUGAAAACCCUCAUCUGAAGAACCUGUAUGAUGGUCUUGUCAUGACAGAAGUACAGAUUCAAAAAGUAUUCAAGAAGCAUGGCCUGCUCAAACUGAAUCCUGUUGGAGCCAAGUUUGAUCCCUAUGAACAUGAAGCUUUGUUCCAUGCUCCCAUGGAAGGGAAGGAGCCUGGUUCUAUUGCAUUAGUAUCCAAGGUCGGCUAUAAGCUGCAUGGGCGUACGUUGAGGCCUGCCUUGGUGGGAGUUGUGAAAGAAGUUUAGUGGCCCAAUUCAUAAGAAUUAAAAAUGCCAUACAACUAUUAGAUGGCUGACUAGUUUUCCUCUUCCAAUGUGCUUUUUUUUUUUUCCAUUUCCACAGAGUGUCUAGAAGGUUUAAAUUAAUCCGUGAAACUGAAGCAAAUGCUGAAAUUUCAUUUCUUAAUGGACCAUAAAUAAUCUGAUGGACCUCAGUUUACAAUUUUUUGUAUUGUAUUUUGCACUUUAGAAGCAGAGCUGACGAGCCAUAAAAUGUUAUCCAAAAUACAGAUGGUUUAAUCUGUAAUAAUCCUGGCUACUGAAGGUAUGUUAAGUUGAAAAAAACAAAAUAUAUCUACAGGAAACUGCAUGGUAACAGCUUGAUCACUGUUUAGAAUGAAGAACCCUUUGACUUCGUGUGUCCUUUUGUGUUCAUUUCCUAAUAUCGCAGUAGUGUCUGUGAAGCAAUUCAUGUAAUUAGCUGUCUGCAAAUGCCCACACAAGCUUUCACAGAGCAGACACACUUAUGAGCUGCUUGCCCACUUGGUGGAUUGCUGUUUCUAUGACAUGUCCAUUUCCUGGAAUAGGGUCUUUCUUUGAACAGCAAAAGUUUCAACACCUUUGUGAUUCCAGAUCUGGGUUUGAGGUUGUAAAUAAAAUACAGGGUAGGGGAGGGGAUUGGCUUCAUUGCUUUUAUUCAUAUGCUUCAAAAUCUCUUCUCAAGGAAACCAUUUAAUAUUUGUAUGGCAUUGAAAUAGCUAUAGAAAAAAAAAACCUGUCCAAUCUCUGGAUUUUUGAAAUACAAUCACUUUGCUAUGCAAAUUUUAUUUGCAACUAUAUUAAAGGUCACAAUAGUAACCACCAGAAAAGUUAUGUAUAUAAAAGUGGUUUUGGCAUCUGUUACCGUUUUAUAAUUCAUGUAGAUGUAUAAAUACCUGAUGAGUUAAAAGUAACUGGAUCAAACAAUAUAAAUGAACUCUACUUCAUUUACAUUCCUUAAUAAGA